UGGCCCGCCAGCAGCACAGCCCGAGCACGGGCUGGGGAAAGGCUGAAAGCAGCAGCAGCGAAUCCAGCAGGCAAGAGCCCCGUAGGAAAGGGGAGAGGAGCAGCAGGAGAGCCCAGCGAGGUGGGGCACCCCGGGCUCUCACAGGAGCGCUCUGCAGCCCUGGCACAUCGCUAGGAGUGGACGAGAGCGGCGUCCCAGCACGGAGCAUCCUUCGAGGAGGAAGAGCUGGAGAGCACUCACAAGAGAUAAGGGAAAAAAAACCACCCAAAAACAACAAAGCACCAGCUGCUACCCCUUCCAGAGGAAAAGAGAGUGAAGGGAGUUUAGGGGAAUGAACCUGGAGGGUCCAGAGACUCAGAGCGGAAAAGUUGCCCUGCCGGGAGACUCUGCACACUGAAGCUCUGCUCCGCGAUGGGAUUUCUGGUGCCUAAGCGAAACCUCCUUCUGCUGCUGUGUGCCAGCAUUUUCCCCGCCUUUGGCCACGUGGAGACCCGAGCCCACGCAGAGGAGAGGCUGCUGAAGAAACUCUUCUCUGGUUAUAACAAGUGGUCCCGUCCCGUGGCCAACAUCUCGGACGUGGUCCUGGUCCGCUUCGGGCUGUCCAUCGCCCAGCUCAUCGAUGUCGAUGAGAAAAAUCAAAUGAUGACCACGAAUGUGUGGGUGAAGCAGGAGUGGCACGACUACAAGCUGCGCUGGGACCCCCAGGAAUAUGAAAAUGUCACCUCCAUCCGAAUCCCCUCGGAGCUCAUCUGGAGGCCAGACAUUGUCCUUUACAACAAUGCUGAUGGUGACUUUGCAGUCACCCACCUGACCAAGGCUCACCUCUUCUAUGACGGGAGAAUUAAAUGGAUGCCCCCUGCUAUCUAUAAAAGCUCCUGCAGCAUCGAUGUCACCUUCUUCCCCUUUGACCAGCAAAACUGCACGAUGAAGUUUGGCUCCUGGACCUACGACAAAGCCAAGAUAGACUUGGUGAGCAUGCACAGCCAUGUGGACCAGCUGGACUACUGGGAGAGUGGGGAGUGGGUCAUCAUCAACGCUGUGGGCAAUUACAACAGCAAGAAAUACGAGUGCUGCACAGAGAUCUACCCCGAUAUAACUUAUUCCUUCAUUAUCCGGAGGCUGCCGCUGUUCUACACCAUCAACCUGAUCAUCCCCUGCCUGCUGAUCUCCUGCCUCACUGUCCUGGUCUUUUACCUGCCCUCUGAGUGUGGAGAGAAGAUAACCCUGUGCAUCUCCGUGCUGCUGUCCCUCACUGUGUUCCUGCUGCUCAUCACGGAGAUCAUCCCCUCCACCUCCUUGGUCAUCCCUCUGAUUGGGGAGUACCUCCUCUUCACCAUGAUAUUCGUUACCUUGUCUAUCAUCAUCACUGUCUUCGUGCUCAACGUGCACCACCGCUCCCCCCGCACCCACACCAUGCCAGACUGGGUGAGGAGGGUCUUCCUUGACGUGGUCCCACGGAUCCUUUUCAUGAAACGUCCCUCCACGGUGAAGGACAAUUGCAAGAAGCUCAUUGAGUCCAUGCACAAAAUAACCAACGCGCCGAGGCUUUGGUCCGAGAUGGACGUGGAACCCAACUUCACUACCUCAUCCUCCCCCAGCCCCCAGAGCAAUGAGCCAUCACCCACCUCCUCCUUCUGUGCCCACCUGGAGGAGCCAGCCAAGCCUCAGCCCAUCUGCAAGUCCCCUUCUGGGCAGUACUCCGUGCUGCACCCAGAGCCCAUACAGGUGACCUGCUCCUCUCCACAGCCCUCCUGCCACCACCUGAGCGACACCCAGGCCACCUCUGUCUUGAAAGGCAGGUCACUGAGUGUCCAGCAGAUGUACAGCCCCAACAAGGCAGAGGAGGGGACAAUCCGCUGCAGGUCCCGGAGCAUCCAGUACUGCUACCUGCAAGAGGACUCUUCCCAGACCAAUGGCCACUCCAGUGGCUCCCCAGCGUCCCAGCGGUGCCACCUCAACGGGGAGCAGCCCCAGCACAAGCCCCGUCAGUGCAAGUGCAAGUGCAAAAAGGGCGAGGUGGCCGGCACAGCAGCCCAGGGGAGCAAGAGCCACGGCGCCAAAGAGCAGCACCUGGUGCUGAUGUCCCCAGCCCUGAAGCUGGCAGUGGAAGGGGUUCACUACAUCGCAGACCACCUGCGGGCGGAGGACGCGGAUUUCUCGGUGAAGGAAGACUGGAAGUAUGUUGCAAUGGUCAUCGACAGGAUCUUCCUCUGGAUGUUCAUCAUUGUGUGUUUGCUGGGAACUGUUGGGCUCUUUCUCCCACCCUGGCUGGCAGGAAUGAUCUAAAUAUAGCACCAAAGGGAAGAAAUUAUUGUCCCACUAUCCCACUCUAUGGAUUUUAGUUCACCUGGAAGGAGAGAACACUUGAGCUGCUCCCGAGCUCUCGGGGAAUCCUUGCCGAGGUCACAUUGUUUUGCCAAGCCAUUUUCAUCUCCUCCAUCUAAUUUAGGGGAAAAGUUCUUAUCAAAGUCUGUACAUAGCAUGGUGGCAUUCAUUGGCAUAUACUCAGCAGUGUAAGAACACGAGCUUGUCCCUAAAGCAGCACAGGAAGGGGCUCUGCAUCCACAAACCAGCCCCUGGCAGUAGCUCCAGUCACCCUCAGCAGUCUCACUGUGCCCUGCCCAGUGACUUUGCCCUGUCAGGCUGAAGUCUUUCAGGACGGUGUCCCUGUAUGAGUCAUUUUAUAAAUAAAGUUCCAGAUUUGGGA